AUGGCGGAUCUAUUUUCAGAUGCCUUUGUCGGCCUAGAAGGUCUGGAGAUCGACGAGCUCAAGGAGUUGACGAGCGCUGUGCAAGACCUGAUAAGAAAACACGAUCAUGUGCUCCAAAGGACGGGUGCAAGGAAGAAAAGGGCGGUCAAGGCCAAAGAAGAUAGUUUAGACACCUUGAAGGCAUGCAUUGAUGGCUGGCUCGCAAGGCCUCCCGUGACACCAAAAGCCAAUGAGGGAGUCAUAGCACGGUCUGGUCGCGCGCUCCUCGAGGAUCGGACCGCCAGAAAAUCGCUUAGGCAACUCUACGUGCAUUUGCUGGCACGUCGGAAUCCAAUCGCCACCGCCGACCAAAAAGGUUGGAAUGAUCAGCUCGAUGCUAUGGUGCAAGAGCUGUGCGAAAACCUCGCCGAAACCGCCUUUGGCGAUAACAGCAAAGCUCCACUCUGGAUACCAAAGGAGCGUUCUCAGCCUCUAAAAGAUGAGGAGAAGAUAGCUCUUCCACAGUUCACAGAACCCCAAGAACCAUGGGAGAUUGAGCCCGAACCGGAGCCUGAUGCAACGCAUAAAGAAAACAAUACCUCGAGGCGCUUACAAAAAGAGUGGUUAUACUACCAAUCCACUGCGGAUACGACCCCCGCGUCGAUCGUAUCAGACAUUCUAAACGGAAAAAGGACCCCGGCCGAUCCUCAGGCAUUGAGGAUGCCACUAUACGUCCCGCCUUCUUAUGCAUCCCAAAUGGAACCCAUGGAUAGACUCCAAACACCCGCUCCCCCGAAGAACAAGGCUGCGCCAAUUGAUGAAGACGACGAUGAAGACGGUGAAGGCGAUGAAGACGACGAUGAAGGCGUUGAAGACGGUGAAGACAGGGAGAGCAUCGCUUCCUACACCUUCUCAAGCAGAGUGAGUUCGGUUACCGGCAGCUCCAAUUCGAACGCCAGCGAGCGUCCGUCUUCCGACGUUGAUGUCAAUAACCAAUCCACGAACGACAAUUUCCAGCCAGACGACGACGCAUGA